UACCAGCAGACCGCCAGACCAGCUGUGGUUGUAGACUAUCAAAUAAUAGAGCCCAUUGGUUAUUUGAGUUAUUUCUUUAAUUGUCUCUUCAGACUAAUUGAAGCCAUGACUUGUCGUUAACAUACUUUCAAGACUUCAGUCCUCAAGUCCAGUUCAUUGAUAACAUUGAUAAGCUGCUUGUAGCUUGUAAGCUGUUGUUGCUCUUUUCCGUUCAUUUCAGUCCAAUAUCUUAAUUAUCUUACUACCUACAACUGCUACAACCUAKGCCAUGAUAGUUACUUGUUAAGAUUUCAUAUGAGUUUAUUGGUUUUUACAAAUUAUAAUACUUGAGUUACCUUGGAAAUUUGAAAAUCCUGUUGAAACUUCUUGACGUUGUGUCAAAAUCAUAAUCGGAUAUUUACUGUGAUGAACUCAUUAGUUGCCGAUUAUGGAGAUGAAACAGACACUGAUUCUCUGGAAAGUGAUCAAAAUCUAGAUGAAAACACCAAGGAUAUGAAGACAGUUGAUGAGUUUAAAAUUGAGAAUAAGCUCCCUGCACCAAGGUUCAAAGAUACUGGUGUUAUCAAUGAAUCUGUCUUCAGAAAUCCUUAUUUGGAAGCUGAACGAGCUAAAUGUGCUGUAUUAGAAAAACAUGUUAAAAUGGUCCCUGCUAAAGAUCACCUUACAAAAGUUAAUGGGAAAAAUAUAUGUUGGAUGAACAGAAAGGGUCGCUGUCGUUUUGGAAAUAAGUGUAAAUUUGCUCAUGACUCAGAAUUAUUUAAUGAUCCAAAUAUAAUAGAUGAAGACAAAUCAAAUAAGGAGUGUUCAACAGAAAAAAAAAAAGAAAAGACCUGGAUUAUCACAAACUUUAAUACCAGGGAAAAAAAUUCUUAAGAUAUUUAAAAAAACAGAAAUGUCUAAUGUGCAUUCAUAAAAUAUUAACUAACUACAUAUUUUUUACCGUUUAUAAAUCCUAUUGUAU